CGUGUUUUCCUAAAGGUUUCUUAUUUAGAAUUUCUUUUGUCAUAUUUCUCAAAUGUCAAAUGGAUGGAAGGAAAAGCUAUACUUUGGAUUCGCGACACUUUGAUGAAUGUCACCGUGAAAAUACGGAAUAGAAUGAAAGGCAAAAAGAAAACAUGCUGUGCUCCCACCCUGGGCGUGUGACGUCACGAAUCACAAACUGGCGGGGGGUCGUGCAAAGCGGCCAGUUGAAGCCACAAGACACGACAAACCAAACCAGAGCAGAGCAGAACAGAGCAGUGCAGUUCGAAGAGGGCAUCCUACGUCGCUGCGUCUCGCUUUUCGCUUUUCGUCCCCUUCUUCUCCAACCAUGGUGGCCUUCGGCGUGCACGAAAUGCUCAACUCCACGGAAAUGAGCGCGCUUUUGUGCAAAUGGGGCGUCAGCAACUUGUCGGACUGUGAGCCUUGGAGAGUCGCAGCAGCCGACGUCGGCGUGAAAGAUUUGGGCGACGGCGUGCGGGUCUUUCUCUACUGCGUCAUCUUCCUGAUCGGCGUGGCGGGCAACAGCCUCAUCAUCGCGGUUCUCUCUCGGAACCGGCGGAUGCGCACCGUCACCAACCUGUUCCUGCUCUCCCUGGCCGUCAGCGACCUGAUGGUCUCCCUGGUCUGCAUCCCUUUCACUCUCAUUCCCAACCUCAUGCGGACCUUCAUCUUCAGCGACGGCACGUGCAAGAUGGUCAUGUACUUUAUGGCGGUCUCCGUGAGCGUUUCCACCUUCAACCUGGUAGCCAUCGCGCUGGAACGCUACAGCGCCAUCUGCAGACCGCUGAGCUCCAGGACGUGGCAGACCAAAUCGCACGCCAUGAAGGUCAUCGGCGCCACCUGGCUGACGUCCCUGUCGCUCAUGGUGCCCUACAUCUACUCCAGCUCCCUGAUGGCCUUUAAUCGGCGCGACAACACCGACGGCUUCAUGUGCCGCAUGACGUGGAAGAACCAAAAGCUGCUGGCGUAUUGGUACGUGUCCUUGUUGCUGCUGCUCUUCUUGCUGCCCGGCGCCGUGAUGCUGACUGCCUACGGACUCAUCUCGCUGGAGCUCUACAAGGGCCUCAGGAUCCAGUUGUCCGACGGGACACGCGCCAGAGACAGACCGACCAGCUUCGGCAGCCUCCGAGCCAGCAACGGCGACGGCUGCUACCUUCAUUUGGGGCCGCAGGGCACGGCGCCGCCGGAGCGCCGCUCCGGCAAUACGGCCAACCUGCUGGCCAAGAAGCGAGUGGUCCGCAUGCUCCUGGUCAUCGUCUGCCUGUUCUUUGUGUGCUGGACCCCCAUCUUCGUGGUCAACGCGUGGAAAGCUUUUGACCAUCAGGUGGUCUCCCGUCUGACGGGCGCGCCCAUCUCUUUCAUCCACCUCCUGUCGUACACGUCCACGUGCGUCAACCCCGUCGUCUACUGCUUCAUGAACAAGCGCUUCCGCCAGGGAGCGGCGAGCACCUUCUCGGCCUUGCGGCUCAAGGCGCGCGCCGUUGUCCACCGUCGGACCAAAUGCCCCCAGCCGAGGUGCCAGCAAAGGGGCCAGGAGAAGCGACGGGCCGAGGACCGACGGAGGUUGGGGCAGCACGCCGAGCAACUCGUGGCGGAGAAGGUGCGGGAGGCCCCCCGGCCCACCCCCGAGGAGCAGCCGUCGGCCGGGGAGAUGGGCGAAACCUUCGUUGAGCUCGACGUCCAUCCGUACCCCGGAGGCGCUGCGGCUGGCUCCGCCUCCGGCAGCUUCACCUCGCCGCCGGAAGUGCUCUGAAGUGGAUUUCAGUCAUCACGCAACUGUUGGGUUGGGACUGUGACCCAGGUUGCUUCAUUUGGACUCUGGGACGUGGCCCGAGGCAGAAGCCCCAAUAUUCUCUCUUCCUUAUAGGACCUGCUCAUUUUCAAGGUUGACCUUCUUCACGCGUGCACCCGAUGCAAAUGGUCCUGGUGGUUAACAAGCUGCUGCGGAGCUCGCAUUGGAUCAUUGGAAUCGCACGCUGCCAAAGAGGGAGCCCGCAUCUGGAAAUGCAAAGGCCAAAAGCAAACGCGGUGAAGAAAGUGCAACGUGAGCGUUAUCUGUGAGAUUUGGGGAACAGCAACACCUGCGCUUUGGAUUCGCAGAACUUGCGCCAGCUCAAUCUGCAAACAAAACAGCAGUGAGAAUGAGGUCACUCGCAACAUUUCUUUCCCACAAGGCCUUUUACCUUACACCACUCCACGUAGAGAAGUCCCGGUGUGAGUGGCAGCUAGGAGACAUUCUUAGGUUGCAAGAUUUUUCAUUUGUGUGCUUGUGCUGACCCAAUUCAAAAAGAA